CACAUAAAGGCUUACUUGGAGUGAGAGAGGAGGCGACGAGGAUGACCAAGUGACGGGACCCGGGGUACGCAGGUCCGACACGAAACGCCCGCACGGAGGCGCGCCCUCGCGAGAAAGGCCGCGACCCCGACGCGCGAAAACGUCCGGCGUUUUCCGCACCGACCGGCGUUUUCUUCGCCGAGCUCGCCCGAUCGAGUGUGCCGGAGGCAUCCGUCGUUGACGCCGACGCGGGGUUUACGGCGCGUCGAAGCGGUCAUCGAUAGGCCGGGAGGGUGAUUUGGGACCCCGUCGUGAUGUCCGACCGCUCGAACGAGGAGUCGGGAUCCCCGGAGAUUGCGCCCCGGGACGACGACGACACCGAACGUCACAAGACCAACGGCGACGCCACGACCGCCGGCGGCGACGACGACGUCCACGGCGGCGGCCACCACCACGGCGGCGGCGGCGGCGGCGGCAAGCAGCCGAAGAAGCCGCGGCUGGUGUGGACGCCCGAGCUCCACAUGCGCUUCAUGAACGCGGUGAACCACCUGGGGAUCAAGAACGCGGUGCCGAAGACCAUCUUACAGCUCAUGAACGUGGAGGGGAUGACGAGGGAGAACGUGGCGAGCCACUUGCAGAAGUACCGCCUGUACCUGAAGCGUCUCGCGGGGGUCCCGCCGUCUACGCCGCUGCCCGCGGACAUCAUGCAGAGGGUGCACCCGUUCCAGUACCCCGGCACCGCCACCGCGGCGGGCGCCGCGGCGAUGCACGCCGCGGGUGGUAUGCCGUCCGCCACGUGGGCGCCCACCAUCGAGCAGAUGCACGCGGGGGUCCCGCCCGGGAUGCCGACGGGGUUUCCCGACUUUCAAAACCUCCCACCCGGCCACGCGGGUCCCCCGUCCGCCGACGCCUUUAAGGACGCGGAGGCGUUUCACGCGCAGAUGGCGGCCACGGCGCAGUUCAUGAGCUACAUGGGUGCCGCGGGAGCAGCAGCGGGUGGAUUUGGACCACCCCCGGGCGCGGUUGGAAACGCGGGCGCGCCCGGGGGUUCGGAGGAGGCGGCGAUGAACGCGGCGGCGAUGAUGCGGCAGGGGUACUCGGCGGGAUACCCGGCGAUGCCGUACGGAUCGCCGCCGAUGCCGGCCGGUUUCAUGCCGCCGCCGUGGAUGGUACCCGGCGCGCCGUCCCCGGGGUCCGGUUCGUUCCACGACGACCCGUCCUCGCGGCGGGGCUGAGGGACGGCGCCGCGGAUGGCCCGCUUAGCAAAACUAACACGCAUAAAACCUGUCUUAACCUGCGGGGCUGACGAGGUCGCGCCGCGCUCGAAGUGCUCGAGCGGCGGCGCCCUCCUCGGUAAUUUGUCUAGCAUUUACCACUGCCGGUGCGUUGUAACACUGACUGUCAAAUCACU